GGGGGGCCGGCGCGCGCUCUCGUCGCUCGGCUGUCCCGGCGGCGCCACCCCCGUCGCCGACAUGCUGCGCCGCGCUCUGCUGUGCCUGGCCCUGGCCGCGGCCGCCCGGGCGGACGCCGACGCCCCCGAGGAGGAGGACCACGUCCUGGUGCUCCGGAAGAGCAGCUUCGAGGCGGCGCUGGCGGCACACAAGUACCUGCUGGUGGAGUUCUACGCCCCUUGGUGUGGCCAUUGCAAAGCUCUGGCCCCCGAGUACGCCAAAGCAGCUGCGAAGCUGAAGGCAGAAGGCUCCGAGAUCAGAUUGGCAAAGGUGGACGCCACCGAGGAGUCUGAUCUAGCUCAGCAGUACGGCGUCCGCGGCUACCCCACGAUCAAGUUCUUCAAGAAUGGAGAUACGACUUCCCCCAAGGAAUAUGCAGCCGGCAGAGAAGCCGACGACAUAGUGAACUGGCUGAAGAAGCGCACAGGCCCAGCUGCCACCACCCUGUCAGACGUUGCAGCUGCUGAGUCCUUGGUGGAAUCCAGUGAGGUGGCGGUCAUCGGCUUCUUUAAGGAUGUGGAAUCGGACUUUGCCAAGCAGUUCUUGCUGGCGGCAGAAGCUGUGGAUGACAUACCAUUUGGGAUCACUUCCAACAGCGAUGUGUUCUCCAGAUAUCAGCUUGACAGAGAUGGAGUUGUCCUCUUUAAGAAGUUUGACGAAGGCCGGAACAACUUUGAGGGGGAGGUCACCCAAGAGAACCUGCUGGACUUCAUCAAGCACAACCAGCUGCCCCUGGUCAUCGAGUUCACUGAGCAGACAGCCCCAAAGAUUUUUGGAGGUGAAAUCAAGACUCAUAUCCUGCUGUUCCUGCCCAAGAGCGUGUCUGACUAUGACGGGAAACUGAGCAACUUCAAAAAAGCCGCCGAGAGCUUCAAGGGCAAGAUCCUAUUCAUCUUCAUCGAUAGCGACCACAGCGACAACCAGCGCAUCCUCGAGUUCUUUGGCCUGAAGAAGGAGGAAUGUCCGGCCGUGCGCCUCAUCACCCUGGAGGAGGAGAUGACCAAGUACAAGCCUGAGUCCGAUGAGCUGACGGCGGAGAAGAUCACGGAGUUCUGCCACCACUUCCUGGAGGGCAAGAUCAAGCCCCACCUGAUGAGCCAGGAGCUGCCUGAGGACUGGGACAAGCAGCCUGUCAAAGUGCUCGUCGGAAAGAACUUCGAAGAGGUGGCUUUUGAUGAGACAAAGAAUGUCUUUGUGGAAUUCUAUGCCCCUUGGUGCGGUCACUGCAAGCAGCUGGCUCCCAUUUGGGAUAAACUGGGGGAGACGUACAAGGAUCAUGAGGAUAUUGUCAUCGCCAAGAUGGACUCAACAGCCAACGAGGUGGAGGCGGUCAAAGUGCACAGCUUCCCGACGCUGAAGUUUUUCCCUGCCAGCACGGACAGAACGGUCAUCGAUUACAAUGGGGAGCGGACACUGGACGGUUUUAAGAAGUUCUUGGAGAGUGGUGGCCAGGACGGGGCAGGGGAUGACGAUGACCUAGAUCUGGAGGAAGCGGAAGAGCCGGACAUGGAGGAGGAUGACGAACAGAAAGCUGCGAAAGACGAACUGUAACUUGGAGACCAGACCUGGGCACCCCCACCCCACGCCCCGCAGGGGCUGCACACCCAGCAGCCACAGCCAGCGGCCAGGCCGCAAGCCUGCAGGACCCUCGCCUGAGGGAGGGAGCGGCAACAGAAAUCCAGGGAACCUUUCAGAAGUAACACUUCAUCCUAACAUACACGCAAACCUAAAUCUGUCUCUUUUGCUUUUCGAUUUUUGGAAAGGGAUUUAUCUCUAGGCCAGCCCGUCUUGGUGGGCUAUUUUUUUUCUUUUUUUAAAAUUGUGAUGUACUUUUUGUACAUGGUUUUUGUCCAGAAUGCUUGUAAAAUGUUUUGGAAUCCCACACUGGUAAUGUCUCCUUCCUGUUAGAGACGUUUAUACUAUCACUUAAGAAAUUCCAUCUGUGGGAUUUUUAGACAUUUUUCGACGUUAGGGUAUUUGCUCCACCUCAGUUGGGCCUUCCUGGAGACUCCUGUCCCCUCGCUGGGAGGAAGCGGAGCUAAGCUGGACAUGCCACUCUCCACCUCAGGCCAGUUGCUGUGAUUGAGCAAGGCUCCUGCCUGCGUCUUUGGUUAAACAGAGACCUCUGAAUCACGUUGGAGGGUGGGCCCCCAUGUUUGGCAGAGGGGAUGGUGGUUGCCAGCUCCAGCCCCAGGACAGGCCUUGGCAGCACCCCCUCCAGCCAGGCUGCUCGUCCUGUUGUGGGCACAUUGCUGCCAUGACUGCUGGACUCUCCAGUGUGUCCUGAGGCCCACACGAGGUGGAGCCAGGACCCCGACCCCAGGCUGGGGGACAGCCAAGGAUGCUGGAGCUGAAUCAGCCACUGGCAGUCCUUCAGGCAUUUCCACCACAAAUAUGGAAUUGAACUCAUUGGCCAAAUAAAGUUGAGAUUUCACUACC